CCCAAGAGUCUGUGUGCCUCCUCAGCCCCCGAGCGUGACAGACGUGCCUUGUGGAUGCCCUGAAGAUCGUGUCGUGAUGGCGAAGUCGUUGCUGUUGGCGCUGGGCGUGGUGGCGAUGGCCGCCGGCUGGGCCGAAGCCACCACGAUCUCGGUCCCAGCUGAUAAUCCCAAAUACCCAGGGAAGUGCUGGACUGAUACGGAGCCUGUCAAGGAAGGGGACUACUUUUAUCUACCGGACUGUGUGCGGGUUUAUUGCCACCGCACCGAAUACGGAAUGCGGCUCGACUACGAAACAUGCCCGAUCCAGGGUCCUAGGACUUCCUGUACAGCUGUGGCUGAUUUGCGGUUCAAAUAUCCCUACUGUUGCCCCAGACUCGUCUGCGGCUAAUUGGCAGUCACUGGCUUCUUGGUAAUAGAUUUGCUGAACUACAAGGCGGAUUUAAUAUGGCUCGUUAUGCUGUCUGGAUGUCCUCGUCAGCUGUUCCUCCCGAAUUCAAUCGGUUGAUGAUCCUCACUUUCUUGUGCCCAAUAAAUGCAAAUAAUACCUAU